GUACGAUUUCACGUCCUUUGCCUUCCCCACCAUCCACUUCAACGUCCCUUCCUACUUUCGAUGGUACCUCUCUUCAGACCUCACCCCCACCUACCGCCUCCUGCACUGGCAGCUGCAGUACCUGCAGUGGCGAGGGCCUAAAGCCCCCCAGUGGCUGCUCAAGUGCCCAGCUCACCUCUUCUCUCUACCUGCGCUCAUGACCGCUUUUCCCGACGCCAAACUCAUCUUCACACACAGGAAUCCGUUGACUGUGCUGGCAUCGGCACAUAGCCUUAUAAGGGGAGUACGGAGCAUCCACUCGGACAAUGUGGAUAAGUCAGAGAUCUCUCAGACAUGGGUGCCAGCUGUCGCAAGCGCAUUGGCUGAGAUGAUGCGGCUGCGGGGGAUUGACGGGUCAGGCACAGAGGGGAAAGAAGAAGUGACUGAAGAGAGGGAGCGUACAAAUGGCUCAAAGGGCUAUGUGACUGUAACGAAGGGGGAGAAGAAAGGGGAAGGAGAUGAGGUGGAGGGAAGUGUGUGCAGUACUGCCAGCAACGGAAGCAGCAGCAAUGGUUCUUCACCUGUUGGUGUAACCAGGAGCAGCACCAGCAACGGUAGCAACAGUGAAGAGAGUAGUCAUGACCUGACUUCAUCUGACAGUACUGCCGUGCUUGCUUUGCAGUCAUCCCAGGCCGUUGAUGUGCGCUACAGCGAUCUCGUGGCCGAUCCGAUGGCCACGGUGCGCCGCAUCUACCGAGAUCUGCUCAAGCGCCAGCUGGACGAUGACGUGGCGGAUAAGAUGCGCGCCUACCUGGCAGGCAACUCCAAGGAGAAGCGGCCGCGGCACCACUACAAGUGGGAAGACACAAUGCUGGAUAAGCAGCAGGAGAAGCAGCGCUUCGAGUUCUACAUCCGUGCUUUUGGCCUCGAUAGUGAGCAGUAG